AUGCAGGUGUCCACAGUAAGCGAUGACUCAUCCUCAAUGAAUUCAAGGCAGACUCCCUCAGUUGCUGACCCCUAUUCGUUGUGCAACCCUUCCCCCCUGACUUCCUGUUUCGUUACUCAGAAGAAAAGAGUGAUUCUAGCUACGGCUGUUGUUUAUGUUUUGGAUAGUUUCGGAACUGUCAAAAAGGGUAGGGCUUUAUUAGAUUCUGGAAGCAUGUGUAAUUUGAUGACAUCUGAUUUCACCAAUGCACUUGGUUUAAAGAAAGAAAAAAUAAAUGUUCCAAUAUCGGGGAUUUCCGAUACUACUCUUAAUGUGAAAAGAAAAAGUACCUCCACUAUUUUGAACUCUGAUGGUUCUUUUACUGCAACACUAGAUUUCUUGGUCAUUCCGAAAAUCACAGAUCUAAUGCCAUCCACAUUUAUUGAUUUAGAAGGAAUAGAAAUUCCGCCUUACGUCCGAUUAGCAGAUCCGGAAUUCUUUUCCCCCAAAAAAGUGGAUAUAUUAAUAGGGGCAGAAAUAUUCUUAAGUAUCUUAAAAGAAAAUAGAUUUGAUAUAAAUAAUUCCUUAAUUUUGCAAGAAACUGUAUUUGGACAUAUACUAAGUGGAACAAUUCAAGGUAAACAGGAAUCACAGCACUGUGGUUUAAUCUCUCAAAUAGAUAACUUAGAUAAUUUGUUAAAGAAAUUUUGGGAAGUUGAAAAUAUUUUAGAUACACCUACAUCUAAAAACAAAGAAGAAUUAGAAUGCGAAGAAAAUUUCGUGCAAACUUAUCGUAGGGAUGAGCAAGGUAAAUAUAUUGUUAACCUUCCUCUUAAGAAAAAUAUGCAAUUAGGCAAUUCCAUUCAAAUUGCAAAACAAAGAUUAGAUAGUCUCUGGAAGCGAUUAAAUAAUGAUCCGAAUUUUUCUAAUCUUUAUUGUAAUUUUAUGAAAGAAUAUGAGCAAUUGGGUCAUAUGCAAAAAUUAGAUAGUAUUGAGAAUGUAAAAUAUGUCAUGCCUCAUCACGGCGUUUACAAGGCUGAUAGUAGUACAACAAAGUUACGCGUAGUUUUUGAUGCCUCAGCUGCAUCUACUUCAGGUGUAUCUUUGAAUAACUGUUUGCUAAAAGGAGGUGUUGUUCAAGAUGACUUGUUUUCAAUCUUAUUGAGAUUCCGAAAGCACAAGAUUGCAUUUACUGCUGAUGUCAAGAAAAUGUACAGACAGAUUUGGGUUAAUCCUGAGCAGUGUAAUUUUCAAUGCAUUCUUUGGAAAACCAGGAGUUCUGAGGAACCUUCAUUUUAUAAGCUUCUUACAGUUACAUACGGCACCAAAUCUGCUCCCUACUUAGCUACGAGAGUGCUAAACCAAUUAGCAAUAGAUGAGCAACACAAAUUUCCUUUAGCAUCUGCUGUAACCUUAAAAGAUUUUUAUGUUGAUGAUGUUCUCUCUGGUGCAGAUGACGUUUCUACUGCAAUAAAAUUACAGCAAGAAUUGAUUUCUCUUCUAAAAGCUGGUGGCAUGGAUUUGCACAAAUGGUGUGCAAACAAUGAAAUGCUUUUAGAAUCUGUUCCAUCUGAAGAUCAAGGUUAUCAGUUUGGUGAUUCUGAUAAAAAUACAAUUAAAACACUUGGCUUGAAAUGGAACCCAAAAGAAGACUGCUUUGGUUUCAAUGCAACUCCAUCAACUAGCAUUCCCACAAAGCGAACUGUUUUGGCUGAUAUAGCUAAACUUUUUGACACACUUGGUCUCCUAGGACCAGUGACAGUAAAGGCAAAGAUCUUCCUCCAGAGAUUGUGGCUACACAAAAUUGAAUGGGAUCAAGUGUUACCACAUCAGGAAAAGCACGAAUGGGAAAUAUUCAGAUAUUGUUUAGGGGAUAUUACAAAGAUGCAAAUUCCUCGUUGCAUUCUAACUGACUCCGUCAAGGAAGUUGAACUACAUGGUUUUGCUGACGCAUCGAAAGUUGCUUAUGGUGCAGUCAUCUAUCUUCGUUGUGUUACUAUAUUGAAUCAUGUGAAAGUUUCUCUACUAUGCAGCAAAUCUAAAGUUGCUCCAAUUAAGGUGAUGACAAUACCCCGUCUUGAGCUAUGUGCUGCUGAGCUCUUGCUAAGCUCGCUUCUAAAACUGUGUCAUCUCUUAACCUGA